UGUUUAAUUUUUUAGUUUUUCUUUUGCUUUCGUAACUAUUUAAAUAAGGAAAUUGUUUUAGUUUUCCGUCAUUUUUUAUACGUAAUCGUUUCGCGAUAAAAUUACUUUGAAUUUUGUUUAGGUUACGUUUUAAUUCGUUUGAAUUACUCUACACUUAUUAAUUUGCUUUCCAUUCGGCUCGCUUUUCCGAGCUUUUUUUGACAGCAUUACUCGUCAUUACCGUCACGCCCACAUGGCCCACGCGCCUUCAGUUUCCAACAAACUGAACAGUUCGGCGCCGUAAAAUCCAGAGGUCACUUGCACUCAUACUGUUGCUUCUCAUCUAUCCUAUACUCUUUGUUCUACUCGCCUGUGAAUCAUAAGGCGUGUUUAUGCACCUAUACAUCGAGGUGUAUCCGUGGUGAGUAAGCACUAAGGAGUAUACAUACAUCUAUACUAUAUACUCGCUGCACAAUGCUGCACAGGUUAUGCACAGAUAACCUUAUUUCGUGAUCGUGAUAUGUCAUACGUAUACAUAUACGCACGAUAUAUCGUUAUACAGAUACCUAAGCAAGUACGUAAAUUAACAUUAAACAGAAGCAUUUCGUCUUUUCUCGUUCUGUUCAAGCGAAAUCAUAUCGACACGACAUACUACAUAUAUUUGACGUUGCAAAGAUCGUUUCACGCUUGAUUCUUAUACCUUUAAACGAAUGCUUUUAUUUCACGAGACACUUUCGUCGACAGCAAGUUUUCGUACAAAAUGUUUACGACUGGUCCGGAUCAGUGGGUCGACACUAAACGACAACAUGGUAUUAAAUGUCAUGUAUUAAUGGUAUAGUUUCCUAUGGAACGUAUUUGGCAAUUUAUUUGUUCAAAAUGUAAUACAAGUGCAGAGAAUCUGCAUGAAAGAAGGAGAGGAAAGGAAAGAGUGUCACAGGAUUUACCGCAUAAUUCGACAGAGAUGAAAUUAUAAAUUACCUUCUUCCGUCUCUUUAAGACCCUGAACGCAUGUUAGCCUUGUAGUAAUUAUUUUGCACAGAUGAAGGGGUAAUGGAUGACAUACGUUGUUGAAAUAUACGACCGACUGUGCGAAAUAUCCUUAACAAUGACUUGAUCGCGAGGUAACUUUUUUGGAUAUGUAAAUCUUGCAAAGGUGAAAUAGAUCUUAACAUUCUUUAAUACCAUUAAUUUGUAGGAUACACGCUAAACACAUUCCGUAACAUGAUACGUGCUUUCAUAGAGGAAGAUGCCUGGUGUUACUGGGUUGUAUCCGUUGGAGCUUUACUGUCGUUUCUCGGUUUCAUCUUUGCUUGUAUCUGCAGCUGCCGCAGGAAUGAGAACAAUUGUAAUUCCUUUGCACAGGAAUGAAUUUCUUGGGCUUGAUGGUAUGGUGACGCUGAACAAUACAGAAAACGAGGGCUUCGACGAGGUCCCGACGACGAAUGCUUCUCGUUUAGCAACGCAAGAUGCCAUCGACAAUGGAAAAAGGGCGAGUGGGGCGAACAGAAGUCUCCCGGAUAUCCCGAAAGACAAGGAUAAAAGACCAGAAGACCCGGGCGAAUCCGCGUCUCAGGAUAUUUACGAAGCUACGGAAACGAUUGGUGAUCACUCUGAACUGUAUGCUACUGUACAGGACACAGGAGUGGAGGAAGAGACAUGCGAACAGGAAAUGCAACAAACUUCGCAGCAAAAUUCGUCAACUCGAGAAACCUCAGUCCAUCCCUAUUCGAGAUUUGCGUCUUCCAACUCUGAGACUGUCGAACAUCCGUAUGCUCAACUUCAAAACGUUCAAAAGAUCGAGACUAGUCAAUCGAAUAGGAAUAAUAUAAAACCGGCAAUCGACACCGAGAAACCAUCAACUUCGACGAGUCCAGCUACCGGAAAUCCGGUUGCUCCACCGCGAACUCGUCGAUCAUCGUCCCACAAUUCCCUUCUCUCUACCGACAUUGCUCCCUGCGAUAUUCAAGCAGCCAAUGCUAUAUCUGGUGGAAUACAAGCUAACCAAGAGCUACCAUACAUAACACCACCGCUUUUAAUGUUAUUGCCUCAACCACUCCAACCUCAGCCAAACAGCCCGCAGCAGCAUUUCAGUGGCGACUCUCAAGACUCGAAAGGAUACACCAGUAUAAGCGUAAGGGAGCCCCUGGCUAAUAUAAUCGCACAGACCAAGACAAUAUGUCGACAGAAUCAGUCCAUUCGACCCCUCACCGAUCCUCAUUACGCGACUGUCUCGGAUGACUCUGAUGAAAUGUACGCUGCAAUCGAUGAGCAAGACAAAAUCUACACCAGCGGUAGCGAAACUUACGCUCAGAUACAGCCUACGAUAACAGAAGUCCAGCGAACCGUGCAAACCGAGCAAACGUUGUAUUCGCGAGCCCCGUCCCGAUCAGACGAAGUUCACCCUGCCCCGCAACCCCCCAGCGUCGACAGUCUACGCCACGUCGCACACGCUCACUCCAGACAAGCUUCCUCCUCGAGUGCCAACAGUUCCAUUAUGAACCCUGGAUCACCGAAACCAGAGAAGCGACAAGCUAAUUCGCCGUUGCCUCCCCCGCCAGAAGUCAUGACGGACAUGUACGCGUCUAUCGAGAAGAGAACGAAGCCCGAGGAACGAACCAAACUGACCUUAUCUAACGGAAAAUCUUUAGAGGACAUGUACGCUAAAGUGAUGAAGAAGAAGAAAGAAGGGGAGGAGCAAAGUGACGCUCAGAUAAGUCUACAUACCGCUGAAGUCGUCACAGCUCCAAGCAGAAAGUUGAGUCUCGUCGAAAUAAACAGAACUUCAUGGUCUAGUCACGAAUCUACGGAGAUACAAAAGAAGGAACUUGAUUCUACCCACUACUCUGUAUCGAAUAACUCUAUAGGUAAUGCUGAUUUGGAACCAGACAUUCCGAAGAUAGGUAAAAUCGUUUGCGACGACGUGGACGCGGACGUGAGCGUGAGCGCGAGUCCUGAGGCGUCCAAGAAUAAGGGCCACGGUUAUGAAGCCCUUAAUUCUGAUAUUUCUAAAAAGAAUUCAUUGAUACGUACAUCCUGCGAUCCCAACUACGAAGUACUGCGACCCCAGCGCUUGAUCGCGAAUGAUACCGAUUAUCGAACGAAUAACGUCGUCUCUGCGACGGUAUCGGCUCGAAACAGCACAGAUUUGUCAACAACGUACACGAUACCACUCAAGCACAGACAGACGAGCAACGCUAGCAGCGAAGAUCCGGGGUACGAGAAGGUGAGGCUAAGAAGAAGGAUCGAGACUGAUCUGGACACGGACUCCGAGCCAAAUUAUGAAAGUAUGCCCCACGAUUCUGGAGAACCCAACUACGCAUCGGUUUGUCGUCCUGGCGACAGCGAUACUGACCCUAAUUACGAGUCUGUAAAUCACGGAGAUCCGAAUUACGAGAGUGUCAAGUACAUGAGCGUUACUCGCCAUGAAGAGCCACCGUACGAGCAAGUGAAUAGCUUUAAAUCUGACCAGUGUCUAGACGGAUACGAAAAGGUGAAGAAACACUUGUUCAACGCCGAUUACGAAAGGAUACAGCGUUCCACGGAACCAAUCAGCAACGGGGAUACUGACGACGAACAGUAUGUUCAAGUGUAAUCGUCUAUACACUCGGUUUUUUCUUCGACUUUAUAGGUUUAAAAACUGAAAAUGGCUGAAAUUGUGCUGCAGGCAAUAUGACAUGGCGAGCUAGGGCUUCACAUUUACAGGCGUCUUAAUUUACAAAAGACGUUUGUAUGCAAAUUGUAAUCGAUGUAGGAUUCGGUAAUAUUAAGAGCUUUCGCACAGGAAGCAAUAUUACUGAAUGUUGCAAGUUAGGUACACUCGUUGGUAAGACAACAUAGGAUCUGUUGGAUGAGCAAGACUAAUUUUAGCAGAUCCAGGGAAACAUACUCGUUACACAAAACAAAGAUUUUUUUUUUUAACGUACUAAGGGCCUCCAACAACCGGUCUCGGCCUCUUAAGGAGUUUUAGGAGGCCCCGGCUGUAACGUACGAUAUACGUAGAUCCCGUUUGCAUAUUGCGACAUUAGAAUCGGGUUUAGUAGCUGCUUAUUAGUAUCGUGUAAACGCUUCGCUCGUCAUCGAUAACGUGACAUAAUUUAACCCUUUGCACUCGAAACAAUUUUUAGCGAGGUCGUUAACCACUAGGAGGUGUUUUUAGAAAGCUGAGUGCGAAGGGUUAAGGGGUCUUCUCACUAGAGAUUUCAACAAAUGGGCCACAUUUUCGAAAUGUUUUUUUGUCAAACGUAUAAUCCAAGACAAUCAUCCUACAGUUUCGCACAAAUAAAAGUAAUUUUAUGGAAACGUUUCGAUUUUGUUUCAAGUUAUAUUUUUCGAAGGUGCCAAACCAAGAAUCCAAUUCAUCAAAAUUUCUGAAAUUAUUUUUCUUUGUAA